ACCACUUUCUCCUCAGUUACGCAAUCUGUCACCCUCACGAUUGUUUCUUGACUUUCCUAUCUGUACUUUGGUUUUAGAUUAUUAUUUCAUUUCUCCGACAGUCAGCCUUAAGACAGUUCUCAGUCACCAUGGGCUUUGCUUCUAAGAUUGCCGGCAGUCAAAACCCGCAGAAUAUGAGUAGCAACAAUCCGGGCGCAUAUGGAGGAGCACCUCCCACAGGCUACACGGGCGGUCCUCCUGCAGCGCUGCAGCCUGGUGCUGGUGCUCCUAGUGGAUACAAUCCGCCGCAACAGCAACAGAACCAAUAUCAGGCUUACCCAGGUUCUCCUGCUCCAUCCGGCAACUCGGGGCCAGGGUAUCCUCAGCAAAAUGCACCCUAUCCCGGUGCCCCCCCGCGCCCUCCACAGCAAGGAACACCUGGACCAUCCGGACCCCAAGGUGUUCCCUAUGGUCCCCCGGGAGGCGCUCCUGCUCCUCGAGCAACCGAACAGCAGGUAGCUGCCUAUCGCCAGCUUUUGAUUGGAACCAUCCAGGAGAAAAACCUCCAAAACUUCUAUCCCCCAGAGAAGUUGAACGCAGUCGUCCAAAGUCUGGCUAACGAUGCACCAGCUAAAAUUAACAAAAUAGUCCAUGAAUGGGCCGUGCCAUCGGAGGUGGCCACAGAUAUCAUCAAACUGUCCUUGUUCGAUGUUAUUCUUUACGUGGAUGACAGCGGGUCCAUCGAGUUUGAGGAGAGGGGAGUGAGAAAGGAACAACUGAGGCAGAUCAUUGGCAUUGUUGCGACCGCUGCGUCCACCUUCGAUCAAGACGGGAUCUCAGUCCGAUUUAUGAACUCUAUGGAAGUAGGCGAUGGCAUCCGCAAUGUGGACGAUGUCAACAUGUUGGUCUCACGCGUCCGCUUCCAGGGUCUGACGCCACUGGGAACGGGUUUGAAGAAUAAGGUUCUAGACCCAAUGGUCGUGGGACCCGCCAGAGCAGGCCGCUUACAGAAGCCCGUAUUGGUCAUCACCAUUACAGAUGGGCAGCCAGCCGGAGAGCCUCUCGACUCUGUAGCUAAUUCGAUUCGCUAUGCUGUUGAAGAGGUAUCGCGGACUCCUUUCGGACGAGGCGCUGUUUCUUUCCAAUUCUCGCAAGUGGGCAAUGAUUCCAAGGCACGUGAUUUCCUUUCUAGUCUGGAUGAAGAUCCGAACAUUGGAGGGUUGAUCGACUGCACUUCUAAUUUCGAGGUUGAACAAGACGAGAUGUCCCGUGCCGUCCCACCUGUGUAUUUGACUCGAGAACUCUGGUGCGCCAAAUUAAUGCUUGGUGCUAUCGAUUCCUCAUACGAUACCAAGGACGAGAAGGCCGCUGGCCGUCCUGGUGGUGCUGCUGGUCCUCCUCCUGGGCCUCCCGGACCUCCCCCACCUGGCCAGUACGGUGGCUACAACCAGACGCCCGGCUAUGGCCAGCCAGGAAACCCUAACCAACCUGCGUCAGCCAGCCCAUAUGGACCUGGGCCAGGAUAUGGCCAAGCACCUUAUCCGCCUAGCCAAGGACAGCCCCCAGCACCUGGCUAUGGACAGCCUCCGUCAUACGGCGGGCAUGGAUCUCCUGCUCCUGGAGGAUAUGGACAACCCCCGGCCGGUGCUACGAGAGGCUUUCCUCCACCCCAGAGUCCUUACGGAUAUGCUCCCCCUCCGCCCCGACGGUACUAGAUGAAGGAACGGGAGUAACGCACGACGGAAAGGAGGGUUCUCCGAAAUGCAGAACACCUGGUUGUAUCCAUUAUGAUCAUGACUUUCUUGUUUGAUUCCUCGACGCUUAAACCAAAUUGGCUUAAAAGCUACUGGAGUGGUGGAAUUGGUCAAUGGUCAAGAAUAGAGCAUGCGUUGAUAUUGUCUUUCUGCUGCGCGCGCAAUGCCUGUAUUUGAAUUAGGACUUAUGCCAUCCGGUUAUCCCGAUUACGAAUAGUUGAUGAGACACAUUACUGGGCAAGAAUGGAGAUUCAUCUCUCUUUUUUCCCUUUCUUUCUUUUUUCUUUAAAAAAAAAAUUGUUGAGGUCGAGAUAUGUUUGUUGAGGGUCGAUAUUUGUUCCUGCCCGUUGAAAUGACGUCAAUAGAGAUCGACUAGUACAUAGGCCCAUCCGUACACGUGACCUCGUGUUGUUCCCAUAAUGUAUGUAUGUACGGAAUACAUAC